AUGGAACCUGUACCGCCGGGGGCGCUUCCAGUUGUGGAACAGACAGUCGAAGUCCGGCCCGACGGUGGUGAAGCGGUUGUUACGGGCACUGAGGACAGUGCCGUCCCAGAGGGUGGACAGUGUAAUGGAACCGAAAGUGCAUUGGGCUAUAUACAUUCCCUAAAACCGAGCUCCCUCUCUCUCUUUCCCUUCCAGGCUUCGCCCGGGCGCCCCAGCAAGCCGGGAAUGUUCCGUAAACGAUGA